AUGGAAUCGUGGAAAUACAAUUUUUCAAAUGUGUCUCAGUUCAAUCCUAAUGAAGUUCAGUGGAAUCAAGAAAUGAAUACAAGCGACGGUGCACCUCAAGUUCCUUCGACUUCAUCUUACAAUCAUCAGGAACAGUCUAAUCUAAGUUUUGCGAUGCCGGAAAACCCCGUUAUCAAUAACACAGAAGCACAACACAAAAACUUCAAACUUCAGCCACCGAAUCAGCAGUCAUGCUUUAUUCGCAGCUCAAACGGAGCUAACGUGUACAUUAACAACAACACAAAUACACACAUGAGUAUGUUAAGUGCUCCGACAUGGCCAACACAAGGUACAGGUGUUCCGCGACUUGUGAAUCCAGCACAAACAUGGAACAACAUUGCUAUAAACAAAGUUAACAAUGGAGGCGCCAAAAAACCAAAGCGUGUGAGAACAGCAUUCACUAGCAAACAAAUGACGGAGCUAGAGCAAGAAUACACGCGCACAAAAUACCUGGACCGGGCACGUCGCUUGGAACUGGCGGACAUUUUACAGCUCAACGAGAGGACUAUAAAAAUAUGGUUCCAGAAUAGAAGAAUGAAAGAGAAAAAGAUUUUAACGGAGCACCUAGAAGAGUCUGAAGCAACCAGCACAACUGUUUCUUCACCAGACUUAGGCCCGCUUUCAAUGUAUCACAACAAUACAUUCAGUGACCUAAUGCUUACUGAACGAAACCAACCAGCACAAUAUUCUUUGGUUGUGCCGAUGCAUGGACUACAAACGUUACUUCAACCUCCGACAGCAAAUGGAAUCGGUGCCAGUUCAACAGGAGCUCCCGGGACAGAGCUCCAACAAUUAACAUUACAAGAGUUUGAGAAUUCAUCUUACAAUCAUCAGGAACAGUCUAAUCAAUUCUCUACGAUACCUGCACCGGAAAACUCCAUACCUAAUAACACACAAGCACAACAACAAGCACACGAGAAGAACAACGCAAAUGGCGCAAAUGAUGUUAUACCUCAUGAUCUACAAGUGAGCAACACGAAUGAUGCAAAUAGGUUAUCAACUACAGGUAUAUCGAUUGUUGCCGGUGUUCAAAACGCGACAGGUGCAAGUGCCACUUUAUUCAACGGCUUUCAGAUUCCCACCACACCCGGCUUUGUUGCCAAUAAUACACCUAUGGCUCAAAGCGGCAAUAAGGCGUGUGCUCUAAAUUGGUGUGAUUCUAAUUUCUGUCAUCAGCAAUUACAAAGGAACGGACUUCAGCCACAGAAUCAGCAGUCAACAUUUAUUCGUAGCUCAAACAGGGUUGACGUAUACAUAAACAACGACACAAAUGCGCAUAUGAGCGUGCUAAAUAUUCCGACAUGGCCUAGGCAAGGUACAGGUAUACCACGACAAUCAUGGAAAAUAAUAUAAUACAACCUAACACAAACAUGGAAAGAUAUUGCUGUAAACAAAUUUAACAAUGGAGGCGCCAAAAAAACAAAGCGUGUGAGAACAAUUUUCACUAGCAACCAAAUGGCUAAGCUAGAGCAAGAAUACACUCGCACAAAAUAUCUGGACAGAGCACGUCGCUUGGAGCUGGCGGAAAUUUUACAGCUAAAGAAGAGGAUUAUAAAAAUAUGGUUCCAGAAGAAUGAAAGGGAAAAAUAUGUUGACGGAACACUUAGAAGGACUUCAUCUUACAAUCAUCAGGAACAGUCUAAUAUAAUCUCUGCGAUGUCCGCACCGGAAAACUCCGUACUCAAUAACACACAAGCAGAACACAAAAAGAACAAUGCAAAUGGCGCAAAUGAUUUUAUACCUCAUGAUGUACAAGUCAGCAACACGAAUGAUGCAAAUGGGUUAUCAACUGCAGGUAUAUCGAUUGUUCCUGGUGUUCAAAACGCGACAGGUGCAAGUGCUACUUUGUUCAACGGCUCAAACGGAGCUAACGUAUACAUUAACAACAACACAAAUGCACAUAUGACUACGUUACAUGAUCCGAUAUGGCCUAGACAAGAUACAGGUGUACCACGACUUGUGAAUCCAACACAAACAUGGAACAACAUUGCUGUAACCAAAGUUAACAAUGGAGGUGCCAAAAAACCAAAGCGUGUGAGAACAGCAUUCACUAACAACCAAAUGGCGGAGCUAGAGCAAGAAUACACUCGCACAAAAUACCUAGACCGGGCACGUUGCUUGGAGCUGGCGAACAUUUUACGGCUCAACGAGAGGACUAUAAAAAUAUGGUUCCAGAAUAGAGAAUGAAAGAGAAAAAAUUUUAACGGAGAACUUAGAAGAGUCUGA